AAGAAAAUGUCCCAGACGGUUUGUUUGCUGAUACUUCUCCUGUGUCUUGGAUUUACUUUCCCGACCGUAAAGGGCAUUUUUAUGGACAAACUCGCCAGCGAGAAGCUGUGUGCUGAUGAGGAGUGUUUAUAUUCCAUUUCCUUGGCAAGAGCAGAAGAUGACUACAAAGCACCAGACUGCAGAUUCAUUAAUAUUAAGAAGGGGCAAUUGAUCUACGUUUACUCAAAGCUAGUGAAAGAAAGAGGAGCUGGAGAAUUCUGGGCUGGAAGUGUUUAUAGCGGACAGUAUGAGGACCAGAUGGGCACUGUUAGUUAUUUCCCCAGGAGUUUAGUCACGGAACAGCACGUCUAUCAGGAAGCAAACAAGACAAUUUCCACAAAGGCCAUUGAUUUCUUCUGUGAAUAG